AUGUCAACCGCCAUUACCAAUGAAUUAAAGAAUUCGCGCUCAGGCCUGUUUAACAGCAUGUCUCAAACAAAGUUGAACAUUCAAGCUACCCCAGAAAUUUCGAGUCCACCAACACCUUCUACCCCAGUCGCUGGAGCAAACCAACUUGUGCUUCGGAUAUCCUAUCCUUCGCUGAAAUUACAAAAGGCUAUUCGGGUCGCCUCUAAUGAGUUGAUUUGGGUUGUCAAGAGACAAGCUAUUGAAAAGGGGGCACAGGACGUCAAGGACGCGUUAAAUCAUGGUAUAUUUGCUCCUGGAGUUAAUGGUAAAGCUGGCAAGUUUUUGGAAGAGAAGAGAGAGAUUGGAAGUUAUGGAAUUGAAAACAAUGCCGCUUUGGAAUUCUUGCCAAAGACAAGAACACCGCCUCCCGGUGUUAGUGACGCCGAUGUUGCAGCAGCCAACUCGAAGAAGGAAUUGAAAAAGUUUAUCGAAGAUAUCAAAGCCAGCAAUGUGGACAAAGUCAGAGAACGCUUGAACAAAGGCGUCGAUCCAAACUUUUGGACUGAGGCCACUCAAGAAACCCCACUAUCCAUCGCCAUUACGCAGAACGAGAAGGAAAUAGUGUCACUUUUGAUUGAGAAUGGAGCAUUUUUGGAUUACCGUGUGGGUGAUUUGUGGAAGACACCAUUGCAUUUGGCUGCAGCCCAUAACAAGUCACAAAUCUGUCAAGCGCUGUUGAGUUAUGGAGCAUGGACUAAUGCUACUGAUGCUCUUGGAUUGACCCCUCUAUAUUACGCUGCUACUGCUGGACAUAUAGAUAUCGUAGUCAAGUUGUUGUCUCAAAAGGCAACUCCUGAAAUCUAUGAUGAGAAUGGAAAGGGACCUUUACAUCAGGCUUGUUUAAACAAUCACGAUAUCAUUGCCUCAUUAUUGCUCGACAGUGGUGCAAACUUGAAUGCUGUAAACCAAGCUGGAAACACACCGCUCCACGUUGCUGCUACUCGUAAUGCUAAAGAAUGCGCUAAAUGGUUGUUGACCAGAGGGUGUGAUCGUGAGAAGAGUAACAAGAGUGGACAAACACCAUCACAGGCUGCCAUGAUUGCUGGAAAUUCAGAGUUAGCUGAAUUAAUCAAGAACUUCAAGCCAACUGAUAUUGUUCCACCACCACCAAAGCUGAAACCUGAAAACGAAGCCGAUAUGCCAAUGACUCUACCAGCCAACUACCCAAACAUUCGUUUCUCCCAACAACAAUUGAAUGCUGCCGAAUCCACUAGCAACUUGGGCGAAUCAACGCACUCCAUUCCACCAGGCCCAGCACCCGUCCUUGCACGAACCGGUGCAUCGUCAACAGUCCGAGGCCGACCAGCAGGAUUAGAAGCUUUAAUGGGAUCACAAGCAUCUCUACACUCUGCAGGACAAACCAUGCGUGGCCGACCAUCAAGUUAUGAUUUGAAGGGUGUCUCUCGAAGCCCGUCAUUAAUCCCAGAAGAUGCACCUGCCGCAUUAGGUCUUUUGGCACGUUUGGGAUCAUUAAAGAGGCGAAAGAAGUUUGAUGCUAUUGUUAUCAACGGUAUUAAUGUGCCCGCACCACCAACUACACCGCAACCAAAGCUGAAGAAGAGCGGAUCCCAGCUUUCUCUCGGUGCUAAAUCGGUUCGAAGGCAAUUCUCCAUCUCAUCGAUAUCAGGCCCAUCACCAUCAGUACGAAACGCCGAUGGACACUCUCUCGCACCACAAGAAAAGUCACACAUCUCGCGCUCGUCGUCGUUUGCAGACAAGGAUGAACCAUUACGCAAAGAUACCACAUCGUCUGUACAUUCGUUGGGUCCAUCGCCUGUUUUGGAAGCUCCCAUCCUCAUCAAGACGCUCAUUGACCAAGCCAUGAAUGGCCAGGAUGUUGAACUGGACUUGGAUGUGCUCGUAGAGAACUUUAAGAACAUGGAGGGCAUGCUAAAUAAGGCUAAUGAGCGAUUCGCUGCUGUGGAUCAAGAAUUGCAUCGAUUAAGAAUCGAAAAUGAAAGAUUAAAACGUAACUAG